AUGGAAUUCGACGACCAAGAGGACCAGGAGGAGGAAAUGGGGUUGCCGGAGUCGGCCGUGGCGGCGGCGGCGCCAAGUUACGACUUAGGGAACUCAGCGGCGCGGUCUAAAAUCGGAGGCGAAGGGCAGAAGGGUGCGUUUGGUGCUUCGGUGGUACGGUACCGAGAAUGCCAGAAGAACCACGCUGUGAGCUUCGGCGGCCACGCCGUCGACGGCUGCUGCGAGUUCAUGCCGGCCGGCGAGGAUGGCACUCUGGAGGCUGUGAUUUGCGCCGCCUGCAACUGCCACCGGAAUUUCCACCGCAAGGAGAUCGACGGCGAGAUGACCUCCCUCCACCACCGCGCUCAGCCGCCACCGCCGCUGCACCACCAAUUCUCCCCGUACUACGCCCACCGCGUCCCACAGCACCCUUCCGCCGCCGGCUACUUCCACCCCCACAUCGCUACUCCUCCGAUGGUGCAGCACCGCCCGCUCCCCCUCCCCGCGGCCGCAUCCGGCGGCGGUAUCAGCCGCGAAGACGAAGACAUAUCGAAUCCGAGCAGCAGCGGUGGAGGAGGUGGCGGCGGCGGCGGCGGGGGAUCCAAAAAACGGUUCAGAACGAAGUUCACGCAGGAACAAAAGGAUAAGAUGCUUGCAUUCGCUGAACAGCUAGGGUGGAGAAUCCAGAAGCACGAUGAAUCUGCUGUGGAGCAGUUCUGUGCUGAGACCAAUGUGAAGCGAAACGUUCUCAAAGUUUGGAUGCACAAUAACAAGAACACUCUCGACUUGAUUACGUUUCAGCAUGUCGCGAAAUGGCUUGCAGAUUUAUCAGUAGAAGGAGGUGGUCACAGAUUCCCUUUCCCUUUCUCUGUUUCCGGUUGCUGGGUUGAUGAGUAA